AUGUCCUUCGCCGACUCCUCCUUCGUAGUCCCGCCGUCCAACUCAUCCGACGACGACGUCGACUCACUCCCCUCCGAAGCUACCACCGACAGCCUCGACUAUGACGAGAAUGAAGCCGAGCGCGAGUGGCGCGAGAGCUUGCAGCAGCUCGAGCUUCUCCUGACCAUGGUCGUCGUGCCCUACCUGGGCAAGUACUUUGGCCGCAAGUGUGCAUACUGGGGUUGGGCCAAAUUUAUGGAGUGGAAAUAUCCCGUCGAGGUCCAAAUCACCAGCCCCACCGCGUUUAAGGUCGCCGGAGCCGUCGAGGCCGCUGCAUCCCUAUAG